GGUGGCCUUUUGGUGGGCAGAGGCCGUGUAAGUGAUAGUUCUGCUUGCCGUUGAGAAAUGAAAUACGACUCUUUUAUUGUCUAAGGACCUUCCUGAAGUCAUUGAUUUGUCAAAGUGUGUCACGCAUUUUGUUCUAUAUCAGUUUACCAUAACUGUUUGUUAUCUUUUUGACUUGAGCAUAGAUGAAAAUGGAUGACAGAGCAGGCUAGCAGACCAAAGUUUCCAAUUCUGACAGUAACUACAAAUCAAGCCUGACAGAUGGAAUACUUGAUAAACAGAAAAGUGAAGUUUGUGAUGAGUUGAUGUAUAUGAGAUACAGUGGAACGAUAAGUGUGUGUAUACAUCAGAGAUAAGGAAUUUUCUGGAGCUAUUAGUGUGAGGCCGUUAAUUAUAGUGUUUUUUGUCUGUGAGGGCUUAUUGUGAUUGACAGCUGGAAAACAUGGCCGACCCUGUUACUGAUCAGAUGCGGAAUAUGAAUGUGCAAGAGUAUGAUGGGAUGGAGUUUGAUCCCCUGAACGAAAGUGAUAACAUGGAAAGUGGUCAGCAUAAUGGUGGACAGGAUUUACUAGGUGGAAACUUUGGUGACAAGGCUGAGAAAAUAGUGUUGUUUGACAAUCAAGAUCAGUUUGAUCCAAUGACCUUUCUUAGUCAAGGUCAAGGUCAUACAAGUGAAAGUAAUUCUUUGGAUUACAGGGACCGAAAAAUGAGCGAAGGAGAAAUUCUCGGGUAUCAGAAUGAGUAUGGUGAAUCAAAUUUAACAGGACAAAAUGAAUAUUCAGGUGAUGAUGAUGAUGAUGAUGAUGAUGAUGAUGAUGAUAAUAAUUUGAUAGAUAUAGGUGAAACAGAUGUUGAUAAUGUUGAUCAAGGACAUUUGAUGGGUCAGUAUGCUGGAAAUAUUGCCCAUGAAGAAAAAGGAGAAGAAGAAGAGGAAGAAAAUGGUUAUAGUCCUUCUUAUGAUGAAGAACACAUUGAAAAUGACUAUGUAGACACUGAUGAAUACAGUGGUGGGAACUUUCAAGGUCAAGGUGAGGUAGAAGAAGUGUUCGAUGGUGGACAUGUAAAUGAAGCACUAGAAGACGACUCCUUGCAUCCAUAUGUUGAUCAGGAGAGACAAAGAAGAUCAAGGUCACCAGAGAGGUCAGUGUCUCCUGCGCAGGCUGAGUGUGACCACUACAGAGAGACGCUGUCACUUGAAAGACGCAGACGGUCGCUAUCGCCAGAGAGGUCAAUGUCUCCGUCACGACCAGAAACUGGAAACAAUGCCAGUGCAAUGAGUUCACCAUCAUGUGUCGAAAGUCAGUCAGCGUUAACCGAUAUGAAAUCUGAAACUGAAUCGUUAGAUUCAAGAUCAGAAUCACAAGGAACUCCAAAGAAAUCGAAGAUGCCAAAAUCGAAACUAAAAAAGCCAUUGGAGUUACCUCCCUGGAAUGAUAAUGUUGUAAUUCCUCCACCGCCGAGACCAAAACCAACUUUGAUUGGUAAAAACAGCGAAUUGCCUCCUUCACCAACGCCAAAAUUCAGACCUAAAACGGGACCGGCUCGAUCAACACCAAAAGAUGCCUCAUCAGACAGUGGUGUAGAGGAUGACAAGACGGCAAAGUCACCAAGAAAGACCUCAUCCGAUGCGAAGAAAAGGUUUGGAGUGGACACUGACAACAUGUCACACCGUCCAGGUGGAGGAAAUGUACAGGUGUUCUCAGAAAAAGUCACCACCAUGAAAGUUGCGCCACGCACUGAUACCAGUCGACCAAAGUCUGCAAUGACGCCUCGAUCUACGCCAAAAGAGCUGUCGCCAGUAACCCCUAAACCUCCUACCCCAAACCUGAAAGCCGUGCAAUCAAAAAUCAACUCGCUGAAAAACGCUUCCCAUACACCUGGGGGAGGAAAUGUCAAGGUUUUAGAUGCAAAAGUUGACUUCUCUAAUGUGCAAAGUAAAGUGGGAUCCAAAGAGAAAAUUCAUCAUAAGCCCAAAGGUGGCGAUAAAAAGAUUGAAUCUCGGAAAUUGAAUUGGGAAACGGAAUCCAAGGUGGGCAGUCUGAAGAACGUCACACAUUCCCCAGGCGGUGGCAACGUUAAAAUUUUAGAUCAAAAGAUCGAGAUUAAAGCACAGUCAAAAGUUGGGUCAACAGCUAAUUUGAAGCAUAAACCUGGGGGUGGAGACAAAAAGAUCGAGACAAUUAAGCUGGAUUUCAAGGAUUCUGCAAAACCAAAAGUGGGGUCACUGGAGAAGGUCAAACACAAGCCAGGUGGCGGAGAUGUUCAGAUUCUGGAUGAGAAGGUAGAUUUCAGUGAGACAGCCAAGCCCAAGGUUGGCUCCUUGGAGAAGGUCAAACACACGCCCGGCGGAGGAGACAAAAAGAUAGAAACACAGAAAUUAAACUUCAAGGACACCGCUCGUCCCCGUACGGACACUGGAGCCAGUUCUGGGGAGAGACUGAAGUCACUUGACUCCACAGGGGCGCGCAACUCCCGCUCCACAAGUGUCACGUCAUCCCAGGACGGCAGUCUGCAGGGGUAACCAUGGAAACACGGGCCACUGCUCUUCCUGCCAACCAAUCUUCAUAUGAGUCACGUGCAUCAAGAGUUUGGUGCGAAACCAUUGCAUCUGAUUUAGGAAUGUUAAACAGAUACAAUAAUUUCACAAUAAUCUCUCAGCAUUUUUAUGUCCCCCACUAUAGUAGUGGGGGACAUAUUGUUUUUGCCCUGUCUGUUGGUUGGUCUGUUGGUUGGUUUGCGCCAACUUUAACAUUUUGCAAUAACUUUUGCUAUAUUUAAUAUAGCAACUUGAUAUUUGGCAUGCAUGUGUAUCUCAUGGAGCUGCACAUUUUGAGUGGUGAAAGGUCAAGGUCAAGGUCAUCCUUCAAGGUCAGAGGUCAAAUAUAUGUGGCCAAAAUCGCUCAUUUUAUGAAUACUUUUGCAAUAUUGAAGAUAGCAACUUGAUAUUUGGCAUGCAUGUGUAUCUCAUGGAGCUGCACAUUUUGAGUGGUGAAAGGUCAAGGUCAAGAUCAUCCUUCUAGGUCAAAUAUAUGGGUCAAAAUUGCUCAUGUAAUGUAACUUCUGCAAUAUUGAUGCUAGCAAUUUUAUAUUUGACAUGCAUGUGUAUCUCAUGGAGCUGCACAUUUUGAGUGGUGAAGGGUCAAGGUCAAGGUCAUCCUUCAUGGUCAAACGUCAUAUAGGGGGACAUUGUGUUUCACAAACACAUCUUGUUACAUUAUGUUCUUUGCAUAUUUAGGGAAAUUCAGGGUUUUAGAACUUGAUCUGAGUCAUUAUGUCAAAAAAUACAUAUUUAGUUUCUUGUGUAGGACAAAUGGGUUUAAAUAUUUUAUAGUAAAAUAAUAAUUGAUCUUGGUGAUGCAGGUACAUACAUACAAUUACAUACAAGUCAUGGUCAGGAUGUUUGCGGAUUCUUUCUGUACUUUGUCCAAGUCAUACAUUCUGUUGUACAUUUUGAGAAAUUUGUAAUACUAUAAACAUUCUCUAAUACCAUGUUCUCACACCUGAUGAAGUUACAUUCUGAUACCAUACCUUGGACACUGUAGUUUGUGAUGAAUAGCAAUAAAUACGCUCAUUAUAAUCUGUACUGAAAGGCUAACACUGUUAACUCUUUCAGUGCUGGAACCAAAUUUUGAAGGCCUUUGCAAACAGUUUGGAUCCAGAUGAGACGCCACGUCUCAUCAGGAUCCAAACUGUUUGCUAUUCUGAUAGUAUACUUUGAAACAAAUCGAAGAAAAUGCUAAUUUUAGAAAAUCUGCAGACAACAUUUUAGCAGACGACAAUUUUCCCAGCAUGCAAAGGGUUAAAGGUAUUAUGUGCCACAAAAUUAUUCACAUUCUAUCUGAUCUCAUUCCUGAUUUUAAUCUCAUUCCGUAUCUGAAAUUAAUAAUUUGUGAUCGAUGAAUAGGCCAAAGAUUAAUAAUAAUAUUAAUGAAAUUUGAAAUGUUCCAGACACUUAUUGACAGCCAAUAUUGUCUGGUUGAAAUAUUUAAUAAUGCUUCUUUUAAGUCUAAUUUGUAGUUUUUGGAUUUAAUAUAAAGCAACAUACAUGUAUACCAUUCCACUACUCAAAUGUGCAUAAUCAUCAUUUGUAAUAAGAGAACAGUGUUCAUGAUUUGUUUACUGAUGUCUCAUCCAUUAACGUGUAACUACCCCACUUCAUUAACUAGUUUCAAUAGCUGUAUAAACUGAUUGAAGUUUAAAUACCCAAGACGAAAUAUACCUAUCUAUGUAUUGGUUUUACAUAAUAGCAAAAAUAUUAUCAUCAUUGAAAGACGUCAUAAAUCAGAAUUGGAUGAACCCUAUGUACGAAAGUAACCAAAGCUGUAUUUACUUCAUGUAAGCAUAACAUUGCAAUAUGGGCAUCAUAUUCAUACUUAAUACGAAUUUUGCUGUACUUAAAACGUCUUCUUUUUUUUAUUGUAGGCAAUUUUUAUUUUUUGCCAAAUAUGUUUUGAAUUUGUUUUCAUGUCAUUAUAUGCCUUGUAACUAUGAUGAUGGGUAGGAACCAAGGCCAAACUUCUAGAAAGUUCAGUGUUGUAUAAUUAUUUUAAAAAACUCUUGAUUGUCACCAAUGGUCACUUUGUUUAAUGUUGUUCAAUGUGUUAUUCCAUACCUAAUAUGUACAUUUCAAUGCUGUUGUGACAAACUGUCUUAGUGUAACCCCUGCAGACUGCUAAGCUGUGUUAACUCGUGGAGUCAUGGUGACUUUAUGAGGUCAGAGUUCAUGUCCUUGACAUUUAUUUCCAAAACAAAUACAAUUAGAAGCAUUGAUCCGACGAAAAUAAAUUUAAGCCGAGUUUGUUUUGUUAAAAAGUGAUAAGAGUUAAGAUUAGAGAUUUAAUUAGCAGGUAUUACCGGUACAGAAAAAUCCCUAAUGUUAUUUAUUGGUUAAAUCUGUGAAUAGGAAUUAAAGGCAUUAUAGUCAUGUAUUGUGUGGUCAUUUGCUUUUACACAACAAACAUUUUGUAAUUUAAUGCUCAGUCAAGAAUUUGAGCUAUGACCUGAUAAAGUUAGUACCAGUUGUCAUAUAUGUGGCUUAUUUCAUUGUUAGUAGUUGAUUGUUAAUAUCAUUAUAUUUACAUUUUGUGAUACAAUGUUUUUGUAUGCUUAUGAUUUUGCUUGAUAUUUCUUUAUGGAUUUUUAGAUUGCUAUGUAGAUUAUGAUGAAUGUCCAUGCUGUUUUCUUGGCCUUCGUACUGUGAACAUGUAAGGUUAAUGUUAACAGACUGUUUUGAUUAGUGUUGAUGUAUACAGAGUUUCCGUAAUGGACAUGUACAUGUAGGUUACAAUCCACCAUAGUUUGUUUAACAUACCAAAUAAUCAUUAGUUUCUUUUAGCAAAAAUAUUAGUAAAAGAAAGGUACAAACAUGCAUAAAAGCUAGGUCAGAGGGGUUCAAACUAAUCAGAUGAAAUUCUUGCUUCACAGAUACAAAAUAAAUGUUUCACUUUGUAAUUUAUAAGUUCAAAAUUCAAAUUAUAUGUCAGGGUAAACUUAAAAUAGCUUAUUUUGCAUGGAUAACCCCUUUCACUAACCCAAUUUGUUGAAAAAGUGACAUUGAUUGAUAGGUUUCAGUUACUGUUGUAUAGAUUGACACUAAAAGGGUAUGAAUGGUGUUUUAUGCUGUAAAUAAAAUAAGUUUUUAUAAAGAUAUUUGUUUACAGUUUUAUAAUAUUUGGCCUUCAUUGCACUUCAAUAAUAUUUUAGAUUAUAUGCACCUUUUUAAAAUAUUUUUGUUACAUAUAUUUUAUCUCACCAUUUAGUUUGUUUUUUACCUCAUAUUUGUGUGAGCUUUUAGCAAUUGUUUAUUGCUCAUGCCCAAUUUGUUUUAAUCAGAAUCUUUGUACUUGUUUAUUGAAUUUUACUGAAUCAGGAUUCUUGUACUCAAAUGUGUUUUUUACGUCGGUGUCUCUCGUUUUACUUAGGAAGUGGGGACGUUUUACUAUCAUUCAUUCUGUUGUUGCAUUUGCUUGCCAUUCAUUUAUACAUGUAUUUAUUUGAUAAGAAUGUUCAACAUGUUUCAAGCGUGAAUAUUUUUCAUGUUUUUGAAUCCUGCAACAUUUUCCAUCAUUUGUUUAUGUUGCUUUGAUCUUUAUGUUGUUUUUUAUUUUUAUUUCUUUAUUUCCAGUUUUCUUUACAAUUAAAUGUGUGAACACAAAGAAAAAAAGAAAGUUAUGGGUUCAAGGUGUUUAAAUGAAUUUAAAAAAAAUGAGAUGUAAAGUGUGCACAUAUAUAUACUCCAGUAUGCAAUUUGUGAAGGUGAAUUGGUAUGAAUGUACAUGAUAUGUUUGUGUCUUUGAAAUUGAUUGUGUAUUCAUGAUUAUAUUGCAACAGGAAAGUUGUGUAUACAUGUAUCUAUGUAAGCUUUAGAUAUUGUUAGAGCUUCAGCGUACAUGUAUUUGUCUUUAUCUAUACUGUCAAAAGUGGAUUUUAUGAUAUGUUACACCAGAGAUCUUUAAAUAGUCUACUGUGAAUGUUCUGUAUGAUUCAAACAUAACAGGUGUUUUCAUUUGGAAAAAUAAAUAAUAAAUGUUUUCAUUACAUUCAAGAAGUAAGAAGUAAUAACAAUGUGUACAAGUGUGGCAAAAUUGUUUUAUAAGUCUUAUUGCUUUAUUGUUGAAAUGAUAGUGCAAGUUACUGCAAAUUUAAAUAUUGUUUUUGCACAAAUCAACACAAUAGCUUGUCAUCCAUUUUAAACAACACAAGCCCUGGUAUUACAGUGUGAAGUUGUUAUGUUUACACAUUGUUCAUUCCAGAACUUUUCUCAGUUAACGUUAACAGCCACAAACACAUGUUUUUCUUGAACUUAACAUCGAGUUUUCUUUUUAUUGAUUUAAUAUUUGCAUGAAGGGUAUUACUAAAACUUAAUUGACAAAAAAACUAAUGUAUUCUGUAGAAAAUGAUGUGCGUAUUUUAAUAUUACAUCUAAAUUAAUCUGAUAAAAAACUGUAAAGAACAAAAUCUUAAAUGCUGUGCUAAUUUGUUUUGUAAAAAAAAGGUAAAAUAAAUUUAGAUCAGGAACGUUUGAUUAUUAAAUGCACAUAUUUUGUUACUAUUGUCAAUUUUUGUUACAAAUGUUUAUGCUUAAAGUUUCUGUGUUAAUAAAGCAGAUGUUGUUGGUGCAUUAAUUCAAGGCAGACUUUGCAGAGGAACAAUAGAAGUUAGUGUGAACAGCCCUUUAGGUUCAUUCAUCUUGAUCAAGUUUUAUUAAAAAGGAGACGAUUCAAUAGUAUUGAUACUGACAUGAACAUGUAUCUGUUAAUGAAAAUAACAUAAACAGUAAAAUGUAUGGUUAAUAACUCCCUCAAGUGGCAUGUGUUACAUAAUUAUGUAUUCAAUUAUAUUAAAAAAAAUACCAUGCGCAUAUUAUUAAAACAUAACCAGAAUUUUUAUUAGAUAACCUUAGUUACAAAUGUCUUUUAUUGUUGCAGGACAUUUUAAUCUUCAUGAUUAAAUUUAUCUGACUAGUUUAUGUUUAACAUUGUUUUCAUUGACAGCAAGUUCUUUUGAUAAAAUAUGUUUUUGGAAACUUAAAUCAUUUCAGUCUUGUUUCUUUGGAUUUUAUCUCCGGGCUACAGUUGCUUCAAACACAUGCGGUUAUACCAGUAGUCUUUAUGUAUAUUUGGCCAAUAUUAUCGCAUUAAAGAGUAAAAUAAAAA